UAACAUUCCCAACACCUGUGAGGGAAAUAAAAACAUUUGAAAAAAAUAACCUGAACACGUCUGUCAAUGUAUUUGGAUUAAAAAAAGAAAAGAAUAAGAAACAUAUUGUUUAUCCACUUAAGGUUAUUGAUGAAGAAAAAAAAUAUCAUUUCGAUCUUUUACUAAUUACUGUGGGAGGUAAAAGCCACUACACAUACAUCUCAAAUUUCUCGCGUCUUGUUAGAGCACAAAAAACGUCACAUGUCGGUCGUGUAAUAUUUUGCAAACGUUGCUUUACAUCGUUCGAUAAUCAACCCCGGAAGAAUACGCUAUGUGGACAAGCAGCACUUGAUCAGCAUAAAUUGAUAUGCGGAUCGCACAAACCUAUAUUACCUCAGAUGCCUGAGCCCGGUUCAAUGUUGGAGUUUAGUGCAUGGAACAAAACACAACACGCCCCCAUAGUUAUUUAUGCUGACUUCGAGGCGCUUCUCGUUAAAUGUAACGAGAAAAAAGGAAAAAAUACAACUGUAAUUCAAAAUCAUGAGCCUAUGAGUUAUGGUUUUUUCGUAAAGGUCGAUGACCACAUACCAAAAGAACUGCUUGAAAAUUUUGAAAUACCAACAUCGCCAGUUAUAUACCGCGGAAGUAAUGAAAAUAAAGAGGUAGCAAAACAUUUCGUACAAAGCAUUGUUGAAAUUGCUGAAAAAAUAGACAAACUACUCAAAACCAUGAUACCUAUAAUUUGGACACCUGAACAACAACGAUUACAUGAUGCAUGUACAACAUGUAAUUUGUGCAAAAAUAGGUUUUCUGUGGAAAACCAUAAAGUAGCUGAUCAUUGCCAUCUAUCGGGAAAAUUUAGACAAACUUUAUGUAAUUCAUGUAAUCUCAAGCUUCAACGACCAAAUUUUGUACCGGUUUUCUUUCACAAUUUAACCAACUAUGAUGCUCACUUUUUGGUAACUGAGCUUGGAUAUGACACGAGCACAAUUUCUGUAAUACCAAACAGCGAGGAGAAAUUUAUUUCGUUUUCGAAAUAUAUCAACAACUCUUUCACAAUAAGAUUUAUAGAUACAUUUAGAUUUAUGGCCUCCAGUUUAUCGACGUUAGCCAAAAAUUUAAUAACGCCCGAGUUUGAGAAGUUCAGAGAAACCACAAAAGCAUUCAAACAUAAUGAUAUGAACCUUGUCACACGUAAAGGUGUAUAUCCCUACGAGUUUACCGAUAGUUGGAGCAAGUUGGAGGAGACCCAUUUGCCAAAGAAAGCGGAUUUUUAUAGUACGUUGACUGAAGAACAUAUAUGCGAUAGUGAAUACGAACACGCAACCACAGUAUGGAACCAUUUCAAAUGCAAAAACUUGGGUGAAUAUUCGGACCUAUAUCUUAAAAUCGACAUAAUGCUAUUAGCUGAUGUGUUUGAGAACUUCCGAGACCUUUGUUUGGCAACAUACACCUUAGACCCAGCAUUCUACUACACUUGUCCAGGCUUCUCUUUUGAUGCGAUGUUGAAACAUACUUCAAUGAGGCUUGAACUACUUCACGACUAUGAUACGCUGUUGAUGAUCGAAAAAGGUAUACGUGGUGGUCUUACACAAGCAAGUAUGAGAUACGCCAAGGCGAACCACAAAAAGACUCCAGAUUAUGACCAGGCAAAUCCAAAAUCAUGGUUGAUAUACCAAGACUGUAAUAACUUGUAUGGAUGGGCCAUGUCACAAUACAUGCCAUACGGAGGGUUCAAAUGGGUUGAACCAACACUCCACGGACUGAACAAUUUGACUAAUACUUCACCCGUAGGAAGGAUAUACGAGGUGGAUAUAUCCUAUCCGCAAGAAUUACAUGAUAAACACAACGACUUGCCUUUUCUACCACAGAACGGUAUACCUACUGGUUCAAAAGUGAAAAAACUAAUGGCAACAUUAGAGCCCAAGAAAAAUUAUAUUGUUCACUACCGUAAUCUACAGCAAGCCAUUAAAAACGGUCUUAAAGUAGAUAAAGUACAUAGAGUCAUUGAGUUUAAUCAGUCAGCAUGGUUGGCUGAUUACAUCAACCUGAACACUGAGUUACGUAAGAAGGCCACAAAUGAUUUCGAGAAAGAUUUUUUUAAAUUAAUGAACAAUGCAGUAUUUGGCAAGACGAUGGAAAAUGUACGCCAACGUAUAAAAAUUAAGUUAGUAUCCAGUGAAAAGUAUUUGCAGAAACUUAUAAAUAAGUCCACGUUUAAACACUGCACAACAUAUAACAAAAAUGUAGCAGCUGUGUCGCUAGAGAAUAAGGAAAUUAAAUUUGAUAAGCCAAUAUAUAUAGGUUUUGCGGUACUUGAAAUAAGUAAAACUCUUAUGUAUGAGUAUCAUUACGAUGUCAUGCAAAAACAUUAUGGUAAAAAAAUAGAACUCAUGUAUACAGAUACAGAUUCACUGGUGUACCAUAUUAUUACGGAUGACUUUUACCAGGACUUGGCAAAUAACGCAAACUUGCUGGACAAGAUGGAUACAUCAAAUCUCCCGAAAGACCAUCCGUGCUACAUUCCCGACCGUAAGAAGAUCCCGGGUUUGUUUUCCGACGAGACGGAUGGACUCGUUAUGACAGAGUUUUGUGCGUUACGGGCAAAAUCAUAUGCCUACAAACUUAAUGGGACGGAAAAAAUCAAAGCCAAGGGAAUCCGUGGGCAUGUGGUAAAGUACCACAUGUCAUUCAAUGACCAUAAGAAGUGUCUGUUUGAUGACAGUGAUUUAGACGUUUUCACUCAAAAUGUAUCCAUCCGAUCAUUCAAACACCAGCUCAAGACAAUCAAAUCGAACAAAUUGACUUAUAAUAACUAUGAUGACAAGAGGAUUAUACUUGAAGACAAAGUACAUACCUAUGCUCAUGGACAUUAUAAAUCUGUUUGUUAAUUGUAUUUAUAAAAAAUAUGUAUAUAUGUGUAUUUGUUUUUUUUUUUUUUUUACAGUAAUAAAAGUCUUAUACCGUA